CCUAAAUUCACUGCCCUUUUCUUUCUUUCUUUCUCUCUUCAGAGAAGUAUGGCAAACUUGUGGAUGUUUUGUCUGCUUGUUGUUUCAGGUUUAGGUAUGGCGUUCAACGUAGUUUCAGGCCAAGGAGAAGACCCUUUUGGGCCAGAUGGUGGGAGGAGAAAAGAAAUGGUGCCUGCCAUGUUCGUAUUUGGAGACUCUCUCAUCGACAAUGGCAAUAACAAUGACCUUCCUUCUUUUGCCAAGGCCAACUAUUUCCCUUAUGGCAUUGACUUCAAUGGCGGCCCUACCGGUCGUUUCUCCAAUGGUUAUACCAUGGUUGACGAAAUAGCUGAACUGCUAGGACUUCCCUUGAUACCUGCAUACUCUGAAGCUUCUGGUGAUCAAGUGCUUCAUGGUGUUAACUAUGCCUCUGCAGCUGCUGGAAUCCUCGACAUCACAGGAAGAAACUUUGUGAGCCGAAUACCAUUUGAUCAACAGAUAAGGAACUUCCAGAGCACCCUUGAUCAGAUUACGGACAAUCUUGGGGCAGUUGAUGCAGCAGAUGCAAUUGCUCGGUGCAUUUUCUUUGUUGGAAUGGGCAGCAAUGACUACCUUAACAACUACCUUAUGCCCAAUUACCCAACCCGGAAUCAGUACAAUGCCCAACAAUUCGCUGAUCUCUUGGUUCAACAAUACACUCGGCAAUUAAGGACACUUUACAAUCUUGGAGCACGUAAGUUUGUACUAGCAGGGUUAGGACGAAUGGGAUGUAUCCCAAGCAUCCUUGCACAGAGCACAGUUGGAAGCUGCUCGGAAGAAGUGAACCAGCUUGUUCUACCUUUCAAUGCAAACGUGAAGACAAUGAUGAAUAACCUUAAUGCCAAUCUACCUGGUGCAAGAUUUAUUUACAUCGACGUUGCUCACCUGUUUGAAGAUAUCGUCGCCAAUUCUGGAACAUAUGGAUUUAGUGUUGUAAACCGAGGGUGCUGUGGCAUCGGAAGGAACAGAGGCCAGAUUACAUGUCUUCCCUUCCAAACCCCAUGUCCAAAUAGAGACCAAUACGUGUUUUGGGAUGCAUUCCAUCCAACAGAAAAAGUGAACAUCAUAAUGGCAAGGAAGGCUUUCAAUGGGGAUACAAGCAUUGUUUAUCCCAUCAACAUAAAGCAGCUCGCCAGCAUUAAUAUUGAGCCCAAUUAGCAGUCAAAAAUCAGUAGGGUCCAUGGGCAUUUCUCUAUGUGCACUUGAGUUUCUAGUUGAUCGGAAGCUGGAACUUUUAUGAUAAACAAAAGAAAGAAUAGUUUUGCUUAUUGCUGCUUUAACACUACAUUCAUAAUUUAGUUUGACUUUGGUGGCA